AUGACAACUUCCUCUUGGAAACAACUCAAUGUCAUUGUUUUAGGCGGCGGCCUUGGCGGGCUUUCUGCUGCAAUCGCUUUAAGAAGAGCGGGCCAUAUCGUGAAAAUCUACGAACGGUACGACUACGCGGGAGAAGUCGGAGCGUCUCUUUCUUGUGCGUCCAACGGAGGAAAGUGGCUUCACGAGUGGGGAGUGGACCCAUAUGAGGCCAAACCGGUCAUCUUGAAAGACUUGAUCAGACACGAUUGGAAAACCGGAGAGGUGCAAGGCGUCUACUCUUUGGGAGACUACCAGGCCAAGUUUGGGUUUCCUUACUACAAUUUCCACAGAGUUGACAUCCACGACGUUUUGAAAAAGUAUGCCACCUCCAAGGAAGGCAAAGGUGUGCCAUGUGAGUUAAUUGUCAACCACAAGGCCGUUGAGGUGGAUUUCGAGACAGGCCACGUCAAGUUUGAAAAUGGCAAUGAAGCCACCGCAGAUUUAAUCAUUGCUGCAGACGGAAUAAGAACUUUGACCAAGCCUCAAUUAGGCAUUACCCCCAAGUUCCGGAAUCAGGACUCGUCUUGUAUCCGAGUUUUGUUUGACACCAAAAAGGUCAAAGAGUUGGGACUCGCUGACUUUUCGGAAAACGCAGCCAUCGAGUUCUGGGGCGGUGAGGAUAAAAACAAAAUUGUCUUGUCGCCUUGCUCAGAUAAGAAUGUCGUGUCUUGUUACUGCUUUUAUUCUGCUAACCCCGAAGACGUGAAAGACGGGUGGCACAAUGAGAUUCUGGUGCAGCAACUUUUGGAUUCAGUUCCCGGCUUGGAUCCAAAGUUGGUAGAGCUUUUUGUAAAAUGCGGCUACGACAUCAAGCAAUGGAGAUUGUAUGUGCAUGAGCCACUUCCAUAUUUUUACAAAGCCAGCUCGGAUGGUUCUAAAGGCGUUGCUUUGUUGGGAGAUGCAUGCCAUCCAAUGAUGCCAGAUCAAUCUCAAGGUGCCUGUGCCGCAUUUGAAGAUUCCGGCGCCUUGGGCUACAUAUUCUCCAAAAAGUUCAACUUUACCGUCGAGCAGGGAUUGGCUCUUUACGAGAAGGAAAGAAAGCCACGUGUGACAAGAAUCCAACAAGCAUCUUUGAGAGCAAGAGAAAAUCUUAAUGAAAGGAUUGGCUGGAGCUCCAAGGCAUCUGGUCUUGAUGACCUGAACAAGCUCACCAUUGAAGAGGUUUGCGGAUAUGAUAUGAAAAGCCAUAUCGAUGAGCUUGCAGCUCUGGUAUAG